AUACAACCACAGCUAUCCACCUCUUUCCUCUCUCCCCGUAUUGGCAGAAAAACCCAUUGGAGCAAGGAAUACAAAAUUCUAGAGAGGAAUUAGAAGCAGUGAAGUGUCUAAAAAAAAAAAGUGAUGGAGUUUGCAACGGCGGAAGACGGUGGCCGUGAAUCGGAAGCUAACAACAAACCGUUGGAUUUUAUUGAACCAACGGCGGUGGCCGACUUUUCAAUGCCGUCGGAGACUCUUAUGAGAGCGGCGCUCUCACUCAAAGAUCAGGUGGUUGCAAUCACAUGGAAACGACGUCGGGUCAUGGGUGUGGGCGUUGACCCGAGUGUGUAUACGGGUCUGCUGGGCACGGCGUUCACCUGCUUCAGAUCGUACGAAGCUAGCGGUAAUAAUCAAGACUUGAUCAUAUGUACGGAAAUAAUCGACAGGUGCGACGAGAUCGCACGUGCUAAUUCCAGGCACGUGACAUUUCUUUGCGGUAAAGGUGGGGUCUACGCGCUUGGAGCUGUUGUAGCUAAUUGCAUGGGGGACCAUCAAAGGCGUGACAUGUACCUUAACCUCUUCUUAGAGGUGGCACAGGAAAGGGCUCUCCCUGCUGGACCCGAGGAAGGUGGUUUUGGAAUGUCAUAUGACCUUCUCUACGGGCGAGCAGGCUUCUUAUGGGCAGCUCUGUUCAUAAAUAAAUACAUUGGUGAGGUCAAUAAGUUGCCUAGUGAUCUUCUCAUGCCAGUCGUUGAAGCCGUGUUAGCCGGUGGCAGAGCAGGGGCAUCCGUUAGCUCAUCCUGUCCACUAAUGUAUAGGUGGCAUGGGACGAGAUACUGGGGCGCAGCCAAUGGCCUGUCAGGAAUCUUGCAUGUACUUCUCUACUUUCCACUAUCCAAAGAAGACGCUGAGGAUGUCAAGGCUACUUUAAGGUAUAUGAUGAGUAAAAGGUUCCCACAUAGUGGAAAUUACCCCUCAAGUGAGGGAAAUCCUAGGGACGAGUUGGUGCAAUGGUCUCAUGGUGCCACCAGCAUAGCCAUUACCCUGUCCAAGGCUUCAGAGGUGUUCCCAGGUGAUAGAGAAUUCCGUGAUGCUGCUAUAGAAGCAGGAGAAGUAGUGUGGAAGAAUGGGUUAGUGAAGAAGGUUGGACUGGCUGAUGGGGUGGCUGGGAAUGCCUAUGCUUUCCUUUCCCUCUACAGACUGACAGGGGAGAGCCUAUACGAAGAGAGAGCAAAGGCAUUUGCAUGCUUUUUGUAUCAUAAUGCUCCUCAGCUUGUAAACAUGGAGCAUAAUUCUCCUGGGGCUGAUCAUGCCUGCUCUCUUUUCCAAGGACUUGCUGGAACUGCUUGCCUCUGGUUUGAUCUGCUUGCGCCUCAAAACUCCAGGUUCCCAGGUUAUGAACUAUAGACUUUAGAUAAGAGAAACUUCUACUAAUAUGUAAUUAUGACAUUGAGUUGUGAUCCUUAUGGAAAUGCUGUAAUGUCAGUCUCAGACUCUCGAAGGUCUGAUUUAGCUUUCAGAUCCACACGUGAUAUCUCUGUGAAAUGAGUCUUUUCUGAUUGGGCCGGGCCGAGCCGAGCCAUGAACAUGUUACAAGUUCUAAAUCAGAUUAUGACCAUGUAUUUUAUCUACUUGCAUUACUAAGCGGGCACCAAAACUAAACUUGGCUCUUGUCGAUCAACUCCUUAUAUGUUAUAGAUGAAAUUGGGUAGUGUUUCCAUGCUCAGUCUCUGAUCUCCAUUGCUUCUAUACAGUCGUUUAUAUUUGUUUAGGUAUAAAUAGCUUAAUGGGUACUGGAGCUCAGUGUAAAGUAUGCCAUGCCCUAGCUGUGGCUUUUGUAAUGGGAUCUAAGAGAUCUCCAAGAUUGCUCUGUAUUCAGUCCUUGCCCAAAAUGAAGGCUAAUGAUAAGAUGUUUUUUUUA